CAUCUACUCCAGUUCAUUUCAGUCUCUCUCUCUGCACAGUACAGUCUGGACAAGAGGACCUUCAGUCUCACUGGCAGUUGUCAUAAAAUAAAAUAGUUAAAUAUAUGAGACAGCAGAGCGAGUUGAAAUCCAACGAGGUUGUUUUGGAGUCGGAUGAGUCCAUGGACCAACAAGAUUUUAGCGAGAUAUCUGGUUAUUCUAUUAACGACGUCAUAUACUCCGAAUGUUCCGCAAUGGAGCAAAUCGACACUUUUAUGAAAAACGUUCAGGUGUUGCUGGAUGCAGCAAAUUACAUUGAAAACCAUGAAAAGAACAACGGAAAAUGUGAACAUGGAUAUGCCUCAACAUACCCUGCAACUCAAAGCACGCAUCAUCAGAGACCACGGAAAUUCAAGAAUAAGAAAAUGGACAAUAUUCACAACAGGUCAGCACACAAUGAGCUGGAAAAAAACAGACGAGCACAUCUCCGCCUGUGUUUGGAGAGGUUAAAGAUGUUGAUCCCACUGGGACCAGACUGCAGUCGGCACACUACCCUGGGGUUGCUUAACAAGGCCAAGGGUCACAUUAAGAAACUAGAGGAGAUGGACCGGAGGAGCCAGCACCAGCUGGAAAGCCUGGAGCGAGAGCAGAGGCACCUGCAGAGGCAGCUGGCCCACCUGCAGACCCCCGGAGGCGGAGACAGGGACAGGGUCCGUAUGGACAGCCUAGGUUCCCCUUUGGCCUCAGAACACUCUGACUCGGACCAAGAAGAGAUCAAGGUGGACGUGGAAAGCACUGACUUCUCCCAUGGAGAGUUGGACAGUAUCAGCACCAAUGGCUGCAGUGACUUGGAAGACCACAACAGUCGGCAGAGCCUAGCCAGCGACGAGGGCUACUCCACCUGUAGCCUAAAACUGGCCUUUUCCUCCUAAGAACCAGCCUGAAGCUCCUAAUCCACACCUGCAGUCUAAACAGGCUUUCUAAGAAUCAUCCUGAAGCUCCUCAUCCACACCUGCAG